AUGGCGGCUCCUAAAUUGUUGUAUACAAUAGAGCAGCCUCAUGGUCUUGGUGAAUUGUAUUUCACAUGGCAAAAGAGCCAUGGGUCUUUGCUUGCUACAACAGGGACAGAUGCCACAGUUGCCAUUCAUGAUAGGUCGGGACAACUUUUGGAGAGGAUCAAAUUACCUGGAUUAUGUUCAGCCAUGGCGUGGGAUAAUGAUGGUGACUAUUUAGCUAUAAUAACACCAAAUAGCAAUUCAGCGUUUUUAUGGGAAGCUCAUGCUAAUAAGAAGGUCACCAUUGAGACUGGUCUCCGGGAGGCAGCCUCUUGCUUGGCGUGGGCUUUUGGUGAGCCCCUCCUUGCUAUUGGCACCCAGAAGGGAAAUUUGGUUCUCUACAAUCACCACACAACUAAAAGAGUACCAAUAAUUGGUAAACACACUAAGAAAAUAACAUGCGCAGCUUGGAACAAAGAUAGUAUAUUAGUAUUAGGCUCUGAUGAUAAGACAUUAUCCAUAAACAACUCAGAUGGAGACACACUUAGAGUUAUCACAUUGAGAGAUAUUCCAAAUGAUCUCCAAUUUUCAGAGAUGAAAACUGAUGAACGGGUUUCUGGAGAAAAUACUAUAAGCUUAAUUGUGGGUAAGAGAACACUCUACUUAUACAACCUACUGAAUCCUGAGAAUCCUAUAGAACUUGCUUUCCAGCAAAGAUAUGGAUCCAUAUCUUCAUACAAAUGGUAUGGAGAUGGCUAUAUUCUUAUCGGGUUCAGUGCAGGUUUUGUAAUUGCAAUAUCAACUCAUAUAAAGGAGGUUGGGGAAGAACUGUUUCAAGUGAAGAACCACAAAGACAGUUUGUCAGAUGUCGCUGUUAGUGACACCCAGGCGGCCUCAUGUGGUGAUGGACAAUUGAAACUAAUAUCAAUUUGGAACAAUGGCGAAGUCUGUGGUUCAGUGAACCCAGCUGGUGGGGCGGAGCGCUGCGCGUGGAGCUUCGAUGGCAAGCUCUUAGCGACCGCUGGCCGGGCGUAUCUGAACGUGUAUGUGACAACUCUGCCGCCGUUGUACUCUGCGUAUGGAACGCGAGCGCUGACUUUGACCAAUCUUAAUGAGGUGACGGUGUACCAGUGUAUAGCUGUGGGGGAUGAACCGGAAAAUAUUAACAAAUCGGAGCCAAUUCCAUUAGCAGCGUAUUCGUUGACAACGGAACCUACGGCUAUAGCAUUGGGCGCGUCCCACGUCUGCUGUGCAACGGGAUCCCACGCGUGGUUCUACCCUCUAGCUGGGGGCACACCCAUCCGACGACAAUACCCAGCACCGGUCGACACUUUGCGGGUAGCUGGACAAUUCGCUGCUGCCAUGUUUCAAUCCAGAGCAACGUUGCAUAGCAUAGAAACAGCUGAUCCUUCAGAACCCGAAAAAGAGAGUAUGUCAUUCCCCGAAGCGCACAUGCAAGGCGCCAAAAUAUUGGAUAUACACCUCACAAGUGAUUUCUUUAUAUUUGCGUCAGAUCAAGGUGAUAUAGAAUACUUUGGCCUUGAGGAGUGGACUCGAUGCGUACGCUACAAGCACAGUUGUGCAGUAACCGCGCUCUUUGUCGAUAUCAGCGGCGCACGCGCAUUGCUUUUAGACGAGAAACGGCGCACGUAUGUUUAUUGGCCUGCUGCUGGUGAACUGUGUGCUGUGCCUGAUCAGAAAAGUUGCAAGGGCGUUAUCUGGGAUAUAUGCUUGUCUGAUCGCAACGUGUUCGGGAUAUACAGCGGGGACGCGGUUCACAUCUACUACUACGCACCCAAUUCAAUCAGAGGGUCGCACGUGGACUACGUGGCUAAUACCAGUCUCCUACCAGAUCAGAUACCUUUGAUACUCUUCUCCGGGGACUGCUAUUGCUAUGCCAGUGGAGGGAAUGUUCAGAAAAUAUCUCUCGACUCACACAACACUAGCGGUCUCGCUGAGGCUGACACAGAAAAGAGAGUGCAAAAUCAAAAGCAGCACAUUAGUAAGCUGCUGCUGCUGCGUCGUUUUGCUGAAGCGUGGCUCUUCUGUGACGCGGUGGAUGAAGUUGAGGAAUGGAGAAAGCUUGGGGAGGCCGCUAUAGCUGACUUGAAUGUUGAAUUUGCAAUACGCGUGUACACUCGUCUCAGCGAUGUCGCGAUGGUAUGGGCUCUAGAAGAUGCUUCACAUGUUGAAGAACUACCUAUACUAAGCGGACUACUUUGCGCCUGUCUUGACAAAGGAGAUGCGGCAGUGCGAUGGUUAGAAGGCGUGGCUGGUGGCGAUAGCGGCGCAGGCGCUCGAUACGCCCUAGAAGUCCAAGCCGCGAGGGGCGAAUGGGCCCGGGCAGCAGAGACAGCGCGCAGGGCAGCCCCGCAUCUGGCACCGCACUUGACACUACAACACGCUAUGCAUCUUGAGCUUACAGCUGAUUACCACGAAGCUCUCGCAACUUAUGAGGCAAGCAUUAACAGCGAAAACACCACCAAUAUCAAAGUGAAAGAACACAACGCUAAAUGCGAAGCCGGCAUCGCCCGGAUGUCUAUCAGAUGUGGUGACGUCAUGCGCGGAGUUACGACUGCCAUGAAGUACUCGCACGAUACCAACCUGCUUAAGGACUGCGCGCAAUUGCUCGAAGAAGAGAAACAGUACACCCACGCUGCAGCCCUGUACGACCACUCUGGCAAUACAGAGAAAGCCGCGAUCCUCUACAUUAAACUGAAAUCUUGGCUAAAGGUCGAAGCUCUCAUCCCCAAAAUCCAUUCGCCCAGUAUUCACCUUCAGUACGCAAAAGCUAAAGAAUCCGAAGGCAGAUAUAGCGACGCGCUCAAAUCCUACAUAAAAGCUCAGGAUUACGAAUCAGCUAUACGCCUCAACUUGGAAAAACUAGAUGAUAUCGAUGAAGCAGUGCGCCUGGUCCAAGAAACCAAAUCGGUUCACGGAGCGAAGAUGGUGGCAAACUACUUCCAGAAUAGUGAUGACCCGACAUCCGCUAUCAAGUUCCUAGUGAUGUCCCUGUGUUACGAUGAAGCGUUCCAGCUGGCGAGGAAGAACGGCAAGUUACAUUUGUACGGGGAAAUAUUGAUUCAAACGUCUCAAGCGAGGCCUGAGGACUUUAAAAGCUUGGCUCUACAUUUCGAGGGGGAGAAGAAUCAUUUGCUGGCCGGGAAGUUCUAUUUCCACGCGGGGGAGUAUAACAAGGCAAUGGGGCAUUUGCUAAAGGUGGGCGGAUCUGAAGAGGAAGAGAGUGAGGCGAUAACCGUAGCUAUAGAUUCCGCGGCGGCAAGUGAUGACGAGCGACUGACUAGGAGAUUAAUAGAAUACCUUUUGGGCGAAUCGGACGGAAAUCCUCGUGAUCCACGCCACCUGUUCCGUUUGUACAUGGCCAAGAAGCAGUUCAACGAGGCGGCUAAGACAGCGGUGAUAAUAUCGAAUGCGGAGUGUGCAGCCGGCCGAUAUAGAGAAGCGAGAGACGUGUCGCGAGGUCUUAUUGGUGCAUUGCGCGCGCGCGGUUUGCCCGUUCCUAGAGAUUUGAGGAGAGCUAUAGCUAUACUUCACUCGUACAUACUGGUUCGAACUCACGUACGGCGUGGAAGACAUGACCUAGCCGCGCGACUGCUCCUGCGCACAGCUGCUGAAGUGUCAUUCUUUCCUACGCAACAGCAUAUCAUAUUAUGUCCAGAUCAAGUCUCAAUACUGACAUCGACGGUGAUAGAAUGCGUACGCGCAGGAUUAAAGCAUCAGGCGUAUCAGUGGGCGCGGGUACUUAUGCAGCCCGAAUAUCGUUCGCAGAUUGAUCCAAAAUACUCGAAGAAAAUAGAGUCUGUGGUGCGUCACGGGACCCGAGGAGCCCCUGUGACAGAACCAGGUGUGCCGUGUCCGGCGUGCGGAGCGGAUCUCCCCCCGGCUGAACUGCACUGCGCUCGUUGCGAAUCAGACCUGCCGUUCUGUUUGGCCACUGGUCUCCAUAUCGUUAAAGACGAUUUGACCGCGUGCCCCGAAUGUGACUUUCCCGCCAUUUACACUGAGUUUGUUGAGAUUCUCCGCGAAGAGGCCAAGUGCCCCAUGUGCGGUGAAAACGUCGACCAUAGAAGGCUAGUCAAGAUAGACGACGUCGCCUUAUAUUUGGACCAUGUUACUACGGAAUAG